UCACACAACACCAGACAUAUACCAACCCAUCUGCAUCCAUACACGGAAAUGCAACAUACUUGUCGUCACAUACCGGAAAAAUAAUGGAAAGCAGACCAAAUGACCACACUGAUGUAGUCCAUAAAAGUGCGGAAGACUGCGCCAUUUGUUUGGACAAAAUUCAGGGGAAGAAAACGUUGAAGUGCCUCCACUCCUUCUGCUCUGAGUGUAUCGACUCGGUUUUCAAGUUUAAGCCUGCCUGUCCGAUAUGCAACACCUACCACGGAGAGUACACGGGGACCCAGCCGGAGGGCACGAUGACCGUGACGCAGAGCUGGCUGAACCUCCCCGGCUUCGAGCACUGCGGAUGUAUAGUGAUACAGUACAGUUUUCCAUCAGGGAUACAAGGGCCUGAGCACCCAAACCCUGGGGUGAGGUACAGCGGCACCUCUCGCACAGCCUACCUGCCAGACUGCAAGGAGGGUCAGAAAGUCCUGAAACUGCUAAAGAAAGCCUUUGACAGGAGACUCAUCUUCACAAUCGGACGAUCCGUUACCACAGGUCUCAACAACGUCAUCACCUGGAACGACAUUCACCACAAGACAAACAUAGACGGUGGUCCACAAAGUUUUGGAUAUCCAGAUCCAGAUUAUUUGUUUAGAGUUCAAGAGGAGCUUCGCCUUAAAGGGGUGACAGAGGAUCACUGAUGGAUGAAGACAAUCAGAAGACGUCCUUCAGAUAGACCUAAUACUGUGUAUUGAUUCAAAGUUCUGCACUUUUUCAGUGAUCUGCAUCACCGACACUUUUGUUUGUUAUAUUGUAUAGCUUUGCAUGAAGGUUAGUGGCUUUUCCCAAAGAUUUCCAACUGACUAUGCAAAGACAUUAUUUUAAACUUUUAAUCUGUGCAGUAUGUAAUCCUAAUCCAAGGUAUGUUUAGUAAAAGGGGUUAUACUACAGAUCAUUCACUUUCAACAAGGUAAAUAUCUCAAAUUAGUAACAUUGGAUCAUUGAUGAUUUAGUGCCUAAAAGCAGUAAACAGAACAGGCAAAAAUCAGUACUGGUUGGAAGACUGAAAGUAAAACUACCUAACAAAGAGCAAAUAUUAGCUGCUAUAUAGACGAAUACUAUAGAGUGUGAUGAUAUAUCCUGAUGAUAAUGUAGCCACAACUGUUAACAACUCUGCAAUUGAUGAAACAUUGACUUUAGCUGUAGUACAUUUCUUAAUGUAGCUGGAAUGGGUCCAUCAAUAUCAUCACUGUUGUAUAUUUCAAGUUCAAACUGUUGCUGCAAUAUCCCUGCUUUACAAUAGCUGAUGUUGGACGACUGCCCUGCCAUUGUUCAGUGUAUUAAAUUGAGGUUCUGUCUACAUAUUCAACCAGUAAGUUCCAUGUAGGAAACCUCUGCACACAUAUGACAAUGUGGUUAAUUUAUCAUCCGUGAAAGUAAAGUUUCUUGAGGAUAUGAGAGAUGAUAAUUAUUGUGGUGUUAUCAUAGGUAGUGUGUUAAGUAUGUUGAUCUUCUGUAUUUCUCUUACUGUCAACAAAUCCCUUGAAAAGAAAACCAACAAUGGAUUAAACCUACUAACAAGUACUCCCUCCCUGUGUAGCCGAAGUGUACAUAAGUUGCAACUUAAAACAGUCCUGUCUUUUACCCACCUGCUCCACUAGAGGGUGAUGCCUCCCUUUAAAGAAGAAGAUGGCGUCCCUUUAGUAUGCAGCUGUAUUAUCACCACAAGCCCACAGUCCCACAGCACCUCCCAAAAUCUCAUUGCCUAAAGUCAGUGAGAGGAGCAGAGCAUCUGUUAUACAUGAUGAGUCAUGUGUUUCUAUGGUGCUCGGGGCAGUUUUAGCAACAGCAGCAGCAGCUUACACUGUAUGUACAGUGGAGCGACCGGUUAUUACCUUGUGUUUGACCACACAGUUUCUUAUGGCAGUGCAUGUACUAUUAAAUAUGGGUUGUGUCAAUGCACAAACAGAUGCAGGUUCAAUUUAAAUGUUGAUAAAUACAAAAUGAUUCAUCUGUUUUAUAUAGCCUGAAAUCACAGUUCGCCUCAUGGGGCUUUACAAUAUGAACAGCAUGCAACACCCUCUUACCUUAGACCCUCAAUAGGUAAAGAAAAAUCAUUUUAAUAGCGAAGACAUGAAAGAAACCUCAGGAAGAGUCACAUAGGCAAUCCCUCUCCAGGGAUGCUGAAUGUCAAAUGUGUGUCCUAGGUGUCACUAGCACAAAUAAAUAAACAAAUAAAUCUAAAAAUAUUGCAAA